CAGCAGCCCCAGUUUUUGCCAACUUAGUUAUGGGGUGGUGGGAACACACCCUCUUGGACUCCUUGAAAACUGAAUUCAAAGUGAUGCAUUUCCGGGAUUUUUUGAGUCAACUGCCAGAGCAGGUAGCAAUGAAAAUUCUUCACUAUCUCUCACCUCUGGAUCUAUUGCGGGCCAGUCAGGUAAACAAACACUGGCAUGCCUUGUGCAGCAGAAAUGAUGUGUGGUUCAUAAAAUACAAGGAAGCUGAAUUUGCUAUCCCCAAGACACACACGGUGACUGACUGGAAGAAUGCAUAUAGAAGCAAAUACUGUGCAACCCUGAAUUGGAAGAAGGGAAAAUGCAAACCUCUGCAGCUUCUGGGACAUGGUGCAAUGGUUACUUGUUUGGCCAUCCAAGAGGAGCUUCUGGCUAGUGGUAGUCGGGAUAAAACCAUUCAAAUCUGGAAUCUUCCUUCAGGUCUGCAUGUAAAAACUCUGGAGGGACAUAGAAAGGGUGUCUGGGGACUUCAAUUUUUCACAGACAACCUUCUUGUCAGUGCCUCAUAUGAUACCACUAUUAAGAUUUGGAAUGUGCGUUUGGGUGACUGUGCCAGGACCCUGUAUGGCCAUGAUGGCCCUGUGUGGUCAAUUGCUCUAAAAGAGUAUGUUCUUGUUAGUGGAUCCCAAGACAAGUUGGUAAAAGUCUGGGAUGUUAGACGCUGUCACCUUCUACAUACCAUGAAAGGGCACACCCAAGCAGUGUUUGCUGUGGACGUGGAUAGUACCAUAAAACAGGCCUUCUCUGGUUCAGCUGACAAGAGCAUUCGCAUAUGGGAUUUAGACACUGGUACAUGCUUGAGGGCCUUGUGUCCAACUCCCCUGACUUCAGUCAGCUCCUGUGCCAUCACUAGCAUCUCGUUUGAUGGAGGAUAUUUAGCAUGCAGUGCAGGCAAUAUUGUGUGGCUUUACAGUGUGACAACAGCAAAGUGCCUUCAGUGGUUUGAUCAUCAUAAGAAGAGGGUUGAAUCAGUUAAGCUGAAGGCAGUGCACCAGAAAGACGAGGUGAAAUUGUUAAUGCUGAGUGCUGGACAAGAUGGCAAGGUGAACCACUGGGAUCCAUCAGACUACAAAGAGAGCCUGCAGACCCUAAGAGGUGCCAGUGCUGGAGUAACUUGUACAUUGUGUGACGACACACGGGUUAUUGGUGCAUCAAAGGAUAAUUCCAUAUGGAUUUGGGAUUUUGGGAUAGCAACAAGGACUCUGUGAAGCAUAGUAUUUGUCCUUCAUCACUUUUAUUGUCAUAUGCUUUCAUUUGUAUUUCACUGGGAAAAGGGUCAUAACGUACUGAAAAGGUGGUGUAAUUCUGGUUCUUUACAAAAAAAUUGUAAUUAACUAAUUUCCCAUUUGUAGUGACGCUUAAUCCAAUGAUGCUUUGGUAAGUAACACCUUAGAGUGGACUACGGUAGUACUACAUGCAGCUUUACUUUUGUAGACAGUAGUCUCAUUUGAUUUUGACAAUCCUUAGAUUUUAUGGUCACCAAUUUUUUGGUACCUGUGGCACAGAAUUACUUUAUAAUUCUUGAGACGUUAAGAUCUUAGCUUUUGACUCUCAUGUUAUUAAACUGUUGGGUUAUAGGACACAGUGUAAUAUACCUCUGGAAUAACAAAUUCAGAAUGGCAGUGCACCUUAUCCCAAAUGAAUGACCACCAUGAAACUAUCAUGGAGAUAUUUCCAUGAAACAAUAUAAUCUGAUUCCUGGUAUGUGGGCCAAAACUGACUCUUAAGGAAAAGCUACAGUCUGAAGACAGAACAACUAUUUUCAUUUAUGCCAAGAAUAUUUGCAUCUUUUCUGAUAAAGGAAUUUGUAAUUAUCAAUAGUCAAAGACAGCUGUGGAAUUUCAUCACAAUAUAAUACUAAUAUGACAUUUUGCUCUGUAUUUGAGCAUUAACCAUGCCAUGUGCUGUAACAGUAACAUGACAGCAAUGUAUUUGAUUGGGAUUGCUGUUACCCGACAGAACUCCACAAGGCUGAAGUUCAGAUAAAAGCAUGGUAUGUUAUAAUGCUGGAUACUGAAACUUUGUCAAGGUGUGUGUUAGAAGCUAUCCAUGACCCAGUGUGAGUGGUAUAUAGCAGUUUACAGUCAAAUUGAGACUAAGGAUUAGAGUCACAUGACCAUCUGCAAGGUAUGCAUGUAAAUGAUAUUUUACAAUCGUUUGUACUGAUCUGUGGGCUUCAUGUUUGGAAAAUAAAAGCAUGAUAAAGGACCUG